AUGAAUGAAGAAGAAAUUGAAAAGGAGAAACUCAGAGUGGCAGUCUCUGCAAAUAACAGCGAAGCAUUUUCCAUAGCAGUUUAUUUUGCUGAAAGACACUCAAAAUUUUCGAAGAUAGUAAGAAUUCUAGCAUGGAUACUACGCUUUCGUCCAAAAGCUAAGAACUCUCAAAAGCUGGAAAAAAUUACCGGGGACGAAAUUACUAAUUCUGAGAAGACUCUUUUUCGCUGCAUUCAAAGGGAAUGCUUUAUCAAUGAGAAUGCCAAGAAAACACUUCAAGGUUUACAAGUCUAUGAAGAUAAUGACGGAAUUUUGAGAAUGAAGUCCCGAAUAUUUAAUGAAACUGAGACAGAACAAUUUUCAUUUCCCAUUAUUCUACCUUCAAAGCAUCCAUUGGUUAAAAGAAUUAUUGAAGAACAACAUAUCUUGAACAAGCAUGCAGGACCACUGAUAUUAUUAACAAUUCUGAGAGAAAGAUUUUGGAUUGUAAAAGGACGAAAGACUGUUCAUUCGGUUGUAAGAGAUUGUGUUAUUUGCAAGAGGCAAAGAAUUAAACAUCUGGAGGCUCCUCUGCCACCUCUUCCUUCCCAUAGAACAGAAUUGUCUGCUACAUUUCAAGUUACAGGGGUGGAUCUGGCAGGUCCCCUUUUUACGAAGUCAGGAAGCAAAAUUUGGAUUGUGAUAUUUACUUGUGCGGUUUACAGAUGUGUUCAUUUGGAGUUGGUGGAAUCAAUUAGUACUACAGCGUUCAUCUACGCUAUGAGAAGAUUUAUUGCAAGACGUGGAAGAAUUUCUGUAGUUUAUUCCGAUAAUGGGACGAACUUUGUUGGAUUAGAUAAAUCUCUAAAGAAAUUAGACUGGGACAAGAUACAGAAAGAAUUUGAAGUUUCUCAAAUCAAAUGGAAGUUUAACCCUCCAUCAGCCCCAUAG